AAAUCAGGAUUUUUCUCUGUUCAUGAGUUAUCAACCAUUAUAAAGUUUUCAUCUACUGACUUGAUAAAAUGUCUUUCUUCUCAUCAUGGAUCAAAGCUGUUUUCAUCAUUUUCUUUGCAUUUCUUCUUUGCUCUGAAGCUUUCCUCCGAUAUAAAAUAAAAAUGCAUAAGACAAACUGCAUGUCGUUCAUACUUUCAUCAUACGUUUGUACUGGAGAACAUGAGCCAGUCUGUGCAACCAAUGGUCAGACUUACCGUAAUAUAUGUGUUCUCUGCAGUGAAAAGAUGCUUCUUCGUGAAAAUUUUGAAGUUGAUCAUUUUGGUGUUUGUUGAAUUUUGAUGAAGAUACACACCCUUAUAGUUCUAAUGUGAUCUAAUUUUGCAGUCAGUUCUACAAUUAGAAUUUGAUUUCUUUCAACUGGGUCCUUAAAUUCACAGAUCAGAUAAAUCCUCUUAUGGAACAUGAGAUGGAAAAUAGAAUUUCAAAGUUACUGCCAAUUCCAAGAUUUUUUUAUUUCAGGACUUUGAUUCUCCAUGUUUGAUUAUUCAGUGACAGUUUGAAAAAUAUCUUAAAUAUGUUUGAUAUCAUAAAACCUAAUACAACUUAAAAUCUUAAAUAUUUCAUUCAAAAAAGUUAAUGAUUUAGUCUCUUUAAAAAUCUUUCUUUUUUAUAGUAAAGGGAAUAUUGCCCAUUAGGAUAUAAAAAUACAUUCAUUUAGUUGUACAAUCUUUUUUUUACAGAUGCUUCUAAAAUAAUUCAGUAAACAUGGUAUAUCGAUACAUGUGUUCUUUAAUUUUUAUUCAAUAAAUUACAUAAAAGCC